UUUGAGAAAGAUUCCAUUCAUGAACCCUAUAUAUUUUAACAAUUAAAUGGGUCAACGUUAAUAACGAUGUUUCCAACGACGUAGUUUCAUACCGUGUACAAAUUCUUGAAACUCCUCCCCGACUGUUGAAGAAACGUUUCAGGAGAAGAGGAAACUGCUAUUCGGAAGCCCAUCUCCAUCACCUGAUAAGAGGCAGCAAUGGCUUCAAAAGCUUUUACUUUUGAGGAGGUGGCUAAACACAAUCAUAAAAAUGAUUGCUGGAUUAUAAUCAAUGGGAAGGUUUAUGAUGUCACCCCAUUUUUGGAAGAACAUCCUGGAGGUGAUGAAGUUCUGUUGUUAGCUGCUGAGAAGGAUGCCACAGAUGAUUUUGAAGACGUAGGUCACAGUGACUCUGCGAAGGAGAUGAUGGAAAAAUACCUAGCUGGGGACGUUGACGUCAGCACCCUUCCAGAAAAGCCACAAUUCCGAUCACCACCACCAAGACAAGCACCUCCACCUCCUGCUGCUGUUAGUGACCAAUCUUCUGGAGUUGCACUCAAGAUCUUACAGUAUCUGAUUCCAUUGCUGAUAUUGGGCUUUGCAUAUUUUCUGCAAUACUAUGGUAAAAAAGCAAGCCCAGCCAAUCCCGAGCUCUGACUUUGAGCUAGAACUUUGGUUUUGGGGUGGAUGUAUUGGUAUUUACAAUCCUUAAUGUUUGCAGAACCGUAGAUUUCUGUUGUUCUUGAGUAUCAGUUAUAGUGAUUGUUCUAUCUAUCACAUGAUCAUGCUUGCAAGGCCUAGCUUUCAUGACCGCAUUGUUCAUUA